AUGAAGAUUAUUUCACUUGUCGUUGACAUUGGAGUAAACUUGGUGGUGCCAAUCAGAAAACAUUUUUGCUAUCUAAGUUGCUGCAAUAGCCACAUCAAGAAUCUCAAAGAUCAAUUUCAGAAGCUGGGUGACAAGAGAGCUGAGGUGCAAUUAGAAAUUGAUGCAGCAAGACGGAACGGAGUGGUAAUUGCAUCUAAGGUUGAGAGUAGGGUAGAAAAGGUAGACAACAUCAGUGAAGGUCUGCAGAGAUUCCUUGAAGAAGAUGUCAAAGCAGAUGUGAUGUGCUUGAAUGGAUGGUGUCCCAAUCUGAAGUCAUGUUAUUUCUUGAGUAGGAAAGCUAAGAAGAAGACUUUGGAAAUUGAUGGGCUAUUAAGGGAUGGACAAUUUGAUAAAGUGUCCUAUCCUCCUCCACCACAGGGAAUAGCAACUUCUUCCAAGGUAGGUUUUAAUGUUUUUGAAUCAAGAAUACCAGUCAUGAAAGAACUUUUGACUGCUUUAAGGGAUGACAAGAUCAACAUGAUUGCCAUAUGUGGGAUGGAGGGGAUUGGAAAGACAACAAUGGCAAAAGAGGUAGCAAAAAGAGCCAAAGAUGAUAACUUAUUUGAUGAAGUUGUGAUGGUAGUAAUGUCUCGUGAAAAAGACUUGAGCAAGAUUAAAGAUCAAAUUGCUAUGAUGCGACUAAGGGAAAUUAACUUUGAGAAUGUCCUUGUAAUAUUAGACAAUGUUUUGGAAGAACUUAAUCUAAAGGAUGUAGGAAUUCCUUAUAAAGUUGAACUCAAUAGUUGCAAAAUCUUGUUAACAUCAAGAAGCGAAGAAGUCUGCAAUCAAAUGAAAUCUCAUAAGAUUGUUAGAAUUGAAGCCUUGAUUGAAGAAGCAUGGAGCUUUUUCAAAGAGAUGGCAGGUAAUUGUAUAGAUACUCCCAAUCUACGUCCAAUAGCAGAAAAGGUUGCGAAGGAAUGUAAAAGCAUACCUAUUGCUAUAGUUACUGUUGGAAGAGCUCUAGAAAAGAAGAGAAAGAAUGAAUUUGGAGUGGGACAAACGUUGUUUGCAAAGAUUGAUAAGGUGGCAGAAGCAAGAAAUAAAGUUCAUGCAAUGGUUGACAAUCUAAGAAGAUCAUCUCUUUUGUUGGAUAGCGAUGAAGAAGAAUGUGUGAAAAUGCAUGAUGUUAUACGGGGUGUUGCCAUAUCAAUUGCUAAUGAACAUGUUUGUUGGGAAGAAUGGACAGAGAAAGAUACAUAUGAACAUUAUGCUGCGAUUUCGAUUGUAUCUCAAGAAUUGAAAAAUCAUCCUGAUGGCUUGGAGUGUCCAAAACUUGAGCUUCUACAACUAUUAUGUGGCAAAGACGCUACUAGAUGA